AUGGUCAUCAUACACACCGAGCAGGGUGACAAGAUCACGGUCACCUGCAUGGGCGAGGCCGCAGACAAGUGCAGCACGGUCAACCAGGCGAUGAUCUCCCGCAUGAACAUCAACAAGCAGAUGGUCGAGUGUCCGAUCCCGAGUACGGUCACGGCGACGGAGCACUACAUCGACGUGUUGGUGGGCGCGGAGGUGCUGCGAGAGCAGAACGAGAAGUUCGACUGGUACAAGUACCCCGACACGACUCUGCGGUCGUUGCUGAAGAUGGACGAGAUCAUGAACAUCACAUCACUACUAGUUGACCACGUACCGGAACAGCUACUGGGGACGUUCGCCAAGAGCGUCAGGCAGAUCCCCGUCAACAUGUCCGACGACGAGCUCACGAAGAUGAUCGAGAGUACGGGGGUGAUGCAGCUGGACGAGAGAGAGGACUACACGGCCGAGACCAUGAGCAGCUACCACGCCGAGACGGUGUCCGCGCAGAACACGACGCAGACGACCACGGCACUGAGCCCGUUCAUGCACAUCGAGCAGGACGAGACCGGUCAGCAGACGACGACCGGUGACGCGACGACGAAUACGGGUACGAACACUAGGAAGUACGAGGGCCCCUUCGGGCUCGAAGGCAGAAGUCAGCUCGGGCAGUCGCUCGACCUCAUGGGCAGGAGCGUGUCCCACCAGGUGAUCAUCGACGAGAGCUUCAGGGAGCAGGUCCAGCAGAUGCAAUCGGACAGAUGGAACUCACCAAGAGGCAGGUUAACGUGA